AUGGAGAACCCAUUUGGGGAAGUUGACGCGAUUCAAGACUUCAAAUGUGUGAGUGGUCCUGCCGAUGGGGUGGUUUCAUUCCAACUUCCACCUCUUGGCCCCAUUGUUUCCAACUAUCCAGAAAUGACCGCCGACGAGGUCGCCAGCAUACACAACGCUUCCGAGACUGACAAAAAGAUCAAGGAAUCGGGUCCAGACAACUUUGACAAUGAUCGAGAUCUUGAUGCCGAAGAGAAACAUAGCAAUGGAGAAUCCCACCAACUACCAGAGUUGCAGCGGAGACUCAAGAGCCGACACCUGCAGAUGAUUGCAAUGGGCGGUGCGAUAGGAACGGGUCUUUUCAUCGGUACAGGAACAGCGAUCGCCACGGCCGGACCAGUCGGCGCUUUGAUCGCCUACAUUUUUGUUGGAUCGAUUGUCUAUUCCGUCAUGACCGCACUGGGUGAGGUCGCUACCUACCUUCCUAUUCCAGGAGCCUUUGCGACAUAUGCCAACCGUAUCGUGGACCCAAGUCUGGGCUUUGCGAUGGGCUGGAUCUACUGGUUUUCGUGGGCAUCAACAUUUGCCCUCGAAUUGACAGCUACUGGCCUUAUCAUCCAAUUCUGGGAUGACCAAAUCCCAAUGGCGAUUUUUAUUGCCAUUUUUUGGGUGGUGAUCAUAAUAAUCAACAUGUUUCCAGUCAGUUUCUAUGGUGAAGCUGAGUUCUGGCUUUCCAGCAUCAAGAUCAUUACCGUCGUCGGAUUCAUGAUCUUCGCUAUCUGCAUGAAUGCUGGAGUCGGCAAGGAGGGCUACAUAGGAUUCAGGUACUGGGUUCAUCCAGGUCCUUUCAUUCCUUAUCUCCUCGAUAACCCCCAUCAAGACGCGUUAGCCAAGUUCGUCGGAUUCUGGGCCAUUCUUAUCAAGGCCGGGUUUUCCUAUCAAGGAACUGAGCUUGUCGGUAUCGCCGCUGGUGAGACCGCCAACCCCCGCAAGAAUGUGCCGUCGGCAAUUCGCAAGACUUUCUUCCGAAUCGUGUUCUUCUUUAUCUUCACGGUCUUCUUCGUUGGCAUUGUUGUACCAUCGGAUGACAAGCGCCUUACCUCCGACAGUAGCGGUGCUGAUGCAAACGCAUCUCCAUUCGUCAUCGCUGCACGAAGGGCCGGUGUUAAUGCCUUGCCGAGUAUCAUCAACGCGGUCUUACUGACUGUCGUUCUCUCUGCUGCGAAUUCAAACGUUUACAGCGGCAGUCGAAUUUUAGUGGGACUAGCUAAUGAGAGCUUCGCCCCCCGCAUUUUCGCAAAAACAACCAAAGGGGGUGUGCCGUACGCCAGCGUCGCCUUCACAGGGCUUUUCGGCCUACUUGGUUUCUUAAAUCUGUCAAACGCCGGAGCUACUGUCUUCAACUGGCUGAUGCAAAUCGCUGGUUUGGCCGGAUUUAUUACCUGGGCUUCACUGAAUAUCAUUCAUCUGGGGUUCAUGAGAGCAUUGAAAGCGCGAGGUAUAUCCCGCGACACUCUUCCCUACAAGGGUACCUGGCAGCCAUACUUCUCGUGGUAUGGGCUGUUUUUCAACAUCCUCAUCAUCCUAACUCAAGGAUUCACUGCUUUCGUUCCGAAAUUCAGUGUCACAACCUUUUUCAUCAAUUAUCUCAGUCUCAUAUUGUUUGCGGUCCUGUACAUCGGCCACAAGAUUGCUUUCCGUACAGAAUUCGUCAAGCCAAUUGAUGCUAACAUUGAGACCGGUCGGUGUGAGGAUUGA